GGCUUCAAUGAGAGGUCUGCUGGUGUGGCUGCGGAUCACAUACGAGUUGUAUUUGACUUUCCUAACAGCCAUAGCGCCUCAGUCAACCUUGCCCUAAAGCCCCACCGUGAGAGCACUUACUGCGGUUUUUCUGGGAGAGUGACGAUGGACGAGGAACGCAGCGGCUCUCCGGACCUGACGGACAUAGAGACCAAGUUGGGCCGAAAAGUCCCGGACGGUCUCGUUCGGUCUCUCGCGGGAGGGAGACGCAGCGACAGGCACGAGCAUGACAAGUCAGCUGCGUCUCACUUAGCCAACUGCAAAUUCUGCGCAAAUUCAACGGACCUGAAGAGACUGCAGGGUAAAAUGCUGUUCUUGAGACAGGAGAUGGCAAACCUGCGAGCCAUCGACGUGAAGCUCAUGCAGCAGCUCAUGUCGAUCAACGACGGCAUCGAGUCCAUCCGCUGGAUGAUGGAGGACAAGGGGGACGCAACGAGCCAGGACGGCAGCCUGACGGGCAGCUUGUACAGCCUAUCGGACAGCCAGGACGGUUCCUCUCUGCGGGGCAGCUUCAACAGCCUGAACGAUGGAAAUGGCGACGGCCUGGACAGCCUGUCCGUUGGCAGCUACCUGGACACUCUGGCAGAGGACCUACCUGGAGAUUCGUCCUCGCCCACGGACCUCGAUCGUUUAAUGGAUAAAGCUGUCAUCUCUGGCGAAUCCUUCACCAAAUCGCCGCUGAAACUCAGGGUGGAAUCAGACGAAUACUACUGCUUUAGAUAAUAGUGGUAAGAUAGACAAAGACUACUGAGAUAUAUAGAAGAAGAAAAAACCUCCCUUGUCCAUUUUUUAUUAAAUUUUUUUUCUCCCAUGUUUUUGAAGACGUGGGCAUGUUUGGGAAUGUUACAUUUUCCCUUGACACCAUUUUCCUGAAGUGGAUUAGCAAAACCUCAAACAUUUAUUUAUUUAUUUUUUUACCAAAUGUCACAAGAUGCAAGGAGAAAUCCUCUCUGUUGCAAUGACUGCUUAAUAUUUUUAUUACUUAAAAAAAAAUACUCAGAAGGUGCCAAGUUACAAUUUAUGAUUAUAUUUAUUGUUAAACUACCCUGUAUGUCUGUGGUUUCCAUCAAAAAACAGGUUGAACAAAAGUUGCACUUGGGCUGAGCAGCAGAUUUUCCUCUCCUUCUAAGGAAAACGGUACUCUGAGAAAAACCAGCGGGUUAGGACUUUGCAGCCGAUUGGAAAAUUGGACAUUUCAUGCUGAACGAUUCGAGUGGUUUAACUCUUUCAGGUGGCAAAGUUAUUAGUUUUGAACUUCAAAGCAAGUGCAAUUUUCCUCCAUGCCAAAUGCUGAGCGCCACCUACAGCACAUGUUUUCCAGUUUUAUUACUUUAACUGGCUGGAGUUAAUAAAGCUUUUGGCCUCCAGCGGGUAUCAGUGGUAGCUUCAGCAUGUAGUCUUAUUCAAAGCUUGACUGAAAACCAAAGAAAUUUCUCUCAGAGGUCAUUUACACCUGAGGCUAAACUGCAUUAUAGCACCAGAUGAGAGAUUUGUUAUCUGUAGGUGUGUGUGAAACACAUGCUCGCUUCGAGGGCACAUUCUCGUUGUCUCGGCUUCUGAUGAGGUUCUUUGUUUGUAAAAUUGCUUUUGUUGACUUGUCAAGACAUUUUUUUUUUUUUUGUUUAAUGAUGUCUGCUUUUGAAGCUGGCAAAAACAAACAUUUUAUUCAACGUUGCUAUCUUUGUUGAGAAAAUAAAAUAAUAUAUUGUG